AUGGCAAAUGGGUGGGAGUCGGAUUGGAACCUGGCAAAGGACUCGUACGGGAGUCAGAACCGGGCAGUGGUGCCGGAUCCAGCCGGUGCUAAAGGGAAGGUGUUGCAAAUCACAUACCCAGCUGGUAACAGGAAUCCAGCAGGCAGCAAAGUGGGAGGCACAGGUUUUUAUGCCCAGCCCAUCGAUGUCACAAAGGCAUCCACUAUCACUUUCUCAUACAAGAUCAUGUUUCCGGCGGGUUUCAACUUCGUAAAGGGCGGGAAGCUCCCUGGACUAUAUGGUGGCCACUAUGGUUGCAGCGGUGGGAACUCCGCCCUGGACUGCUUCUCUACGCGUUUCAUGUUCCGCACCAAUGGACUUGGGGAAAUCUAUCUCUACGUGGAUCGCAGUCUACAGGACCCUGGAUUCUGCAAAGUCAAGCCGGUCACUCUUUGCAACCCCGUGUAUGGCGCUUCCAUGGGGCGCGGCGCAUAUUCCUUCAAACCCGGCCAAUGGGUAGCCAUGAGCCAAACGAUAACGCUCAACACGUUCAACGGGAAGAAGCCCAACAAAGAUGGCCGUGUCCAGGUCUACUCGAACGGAAAGAAGGUGAUCGACUUUGCGAAGGUGGUCUUCACACCGGCGCCGAGCGUCGGGUUCCAGGGUAUCGAUUUCGAGACGUUCUUCGGGGGUAAUGACGACGCCUGGAUCACGCCGACUACGCAAAAGGUCUACUUCAAGGAGUUUGCACUGAGUGCAUACUAA